GAGAGAGUUUAGUAUGCCUUUGUCAAAAGAGCCUGUUCUUGGCAAAUGGAAGAUUUUUGCAGCAUUUCCUGGUGUUACUACUACUACUACUCAUCACCAAUUUAAAGUUUCUGAAUAUGUGUUACCAAAGUUUGAAGUACUCAUCUCUUCUCCAAGUUCUGUUCUUCGUGGAGAUGAAGAACUUCCGCUGACUAUAUGUGCUAAAUACACUUAUGGGCUUCCUGUUCGUGGAAACUUAACGUUCGUAAUGUCAAUAAACACAUUUAGCAAAAGGGAAAAUGAAUCACCCUUCUUUGUUUACGAGAGAGAGGUAUGUAUUUUGAUGGAAACAUUAAGAAUAUUUUCUUAA